UCGAAGUGUCGGCUACAUCGGUUCGGUUGGUUUUCGUCGCAUACCACGGCGUCCCAGCGGCGCUCUCACCCUUUCUCACGGGUAACACCGUGUACCCACCCCUCAAUCUCACGUCACGCGAGAUUCGUCCCGGUGCAUCGACCAAGGUGCAUCGACGUCGACGGUGCAGUGUGCCAGAGGGUGGGUGGUAGUUCGCUGCAACCGGAGUGGCUUGACGAAGAGAAGAAACUCGAGGAUGGCCGUUUACGAUCUCACUACCCACCUUCCUCACGGAUUUUUCGGUGCGCCUCUCUCUCGUUAGCUUCGCGGGGGUAGUAGUUGUGCCGUGAGGGGGUUGCCGCUUCCAGCUUGCAACGGUCAGUUCGACGAAACUUAAAAUUACUUUGACGCAUCCGAUAAAUCGGGUCCAAUCGGGAAAACGAUUUUCCCAACUCGGCGAAGUUUGAAGAAAUACUCCGGAUACGGGGUGCCGGCGCGGGACGCCGGAAAGGGGCGGAGGAGAGUGAGGGGGUGGGUGCCCGUCGCGAAGCUAUGUGCAGAACGGAAUCCCGUACGAUAGUGCUUGACCCGUUGCGAUGAAAGAACGAUGAUCGCGUGCGCGACUCUAUCCUGGUCGUAGUGUUGUGCCGAUGAUCGCGGAGAUCAUUACUCAGUGAUCGGUCAGGAAAGUGCGAAUACAAUGGAGUAAUCAAAGAUAAUCCUAAAUUUUGGUUUCUGCAGUCUACGAGUGUCUAUACCUAGAAAUUCGCAGGGAAAUUAGCUGCUUAGUGGUGCGAUUUUAAUCUAACUAGGUUAAUUGAAAAUUGAAGCUGUCGACUCAACGAGAAUAGCGUCACAUUGCCUGGGAAGAGUUGCGUUUUAUGCCUAGAAGAUACUGAAAAGCUUUAAAUAUAAAGAGUGACGUUCUUCUUGAACGCAACAAGCUAAGCUCUUCCUGGAUGCUUCUUUUAUUUCACACGGUGAGCGCGUAUCUUCGCACGUAUCUCUUUAAGCCGUCAAACAAGCCGAGGCAGCUGACGGAUUUUCAAUUCCACGUUUAUUGAUUGCAAAGGAUUGAAAUCUAAAAUUCUUUAAUGCGAAAAAGUUCCGCGCGUAGGUACAUUUUGCUUUUUUCCAAGAAUUGAAAACCGGAACAACGUCAAUUUCCUCGCCCGUAUGUUUUUUUUCGAGCGAAUUGGCUUUGAAGAAAAGAUCGUGCCGCUGAAAAAUCAGUGAAUGUUCGAAUUGACUCGAUCGCGGAGAUUAGUUCGAUGAAUCACACGAGAUGAGAGCCAGGUGCAACGAGUCUCGUUAUCUUUAAUCCGUCCAAAGAAAUCUUGAAUGAGAGAUUGGGAUAUUAUUUCUUUUGUAUUCUCUUUCUUUUUUUUCGCCGAGAUGAAACGAGUGGGUAAAUAUACCAAGAGCGGCCCGCUUCCGAACGUGAUUAGAACCGGUGUAUUCUAUCUCUUGCGAUACAUUAAACACACCGUCAGAAACGAGAUCGUCUUUGUGUGAACGAUAAGACGCGUGUGAACCACUUUUAUAUCAACAGACGUGAGUGAGGAGCGGAGAAUCGUUAAAGGACAAGGUUACAUUACGUGGAUGUGAAGAGAUCCUGUUUUAAACCGGAAGUUCCGAUCUAGAUGCUGCAGUCUAUCGCGGAAAAGUGUAAAGUUAUACCUACAGAAGUUUCUGACAGUGUAUAAAUAAAUAAUUCACUCAUUGUUCUUGCUAGACGUCCAAUGGUAAAUUUACGACGAUCUUUUCUAUGUGUAGAAAAUCUCUAUUGUUUAGUGAAAUAAAAACAAGAGAGAGAGAGAGAGAGAGAGAGAGAGAGAGAGAGAGAGAGAGUGAAUCCGGAGAUCGUUAAAACUUGCAACUUUAUAGCGUGAAGCUGAUAAUAAUUAAGUCUAGAGGAUAACGAUGACGUUUAAAAGGAGAAUUUUCUGGUCUCUGUCACCGCGUCGAUGGAUUGUCUGAACUUCUUCAACAUUUCUAAAUAUCUACUUAAAUAUACGACUGAAGAAAUCUAAUACACGACAUAUACAAUCUCUGCGACUCUCCUAGGAAGAUCUAACUCAGGAUAUUUCCCAAUCUAUUAAGCUGCAGUCUUCCUUAGGUCAAUUGCAUCAAAAAUAAUUAAGGAUGAUUCGCAAUUAUUUCUUUUUCCGAAUUAUUCAGAUAAAAGAAUGUAGUUUGAGACUAUAGUAAUCUCAUCAGAUCAACAUAUUGGAAAAAUUCUAACUAAAUCCACUUCGUUUUCAUUAGUUUCUUACAUCGUUUGAGCUCAGGAAUAUCUAAAGACAAUAGUUUUGUUGUAUAAUUACUAAAUAGAAUCAAGUCCAUGAUCUUGAGCUACCAAAGAAGCUAUUGUAAGAAACUUCACCAACUUGUACACUUCCAGUCGAGAUCAUCUUAAGUACCUCGAUCGAGCCAAGUAAAGCCUAACAGUCAUCGAACUGUCCUUCACUUUGAAGGAGAUUGAUGCAUCCAGGAGGCGGACGAGCCUCUGAGAGCCGCGAGAUGGAUCGGUUGACGUGCAUCCGCACCUCUGGCGGCGGUUAAGACGGAAAUAGUAGUAGCGGUGCGAGACGAGGGAGACGGAAGAGUAUGAGAGACGUCGGCGCGGCAAAAAAGUGAUCGGCGGAGGUGCGGAGGACGCCGAAGCAGAAGGGAGGUGACGCCGAAGACGUCGGUGAUCGCGUCAAGAUGAUGUCGUCGAUCCUGGCGCUGCUCGGCUUGUUCCUGGCGACCGUCGGUGCCGAGCUGACCUCGAGGAUCGUCAGGACUAAGUACGGCGAGCUGUCGGGCGUGAUCGUUACCCUCGAUCGAUACCUCGAGGGCGUCGAGGUGUUCCGCGGUGUGCCCUACGCCUCGCCGCCGACCGGCUCAUUACGCUUCAUGCCGCCCGUCACCGGUGCCCUUUGGCAGGGCGUUAAGGUUGCCGACAAGUUCGGGCCCGUCUGCCCUCAGAAGCUGCCCGAGAUCAGCGAUAAGAUGCCCAAAGGCAGGGCAGAGUAUCUCAAGCGGCUGCUGCCCUACCUUAAGAACCAAAGCGAGGAUUGCCUGUACCUCAACAUUUACGCGCCGGUCCAAGCCGGCGCGAGGGACGGCGGCGGCAGAAGGUAUCCUGUGAUUGUGUUCGUGCACGGCGAGAGCUACGAAUGGAGCAGCGGAAAUCCUUAUGACGGCAGCGUCCUGGCGAGUUACGGAGGUGUCGUCGUCGUCACCAUCAACUAUAGACUCGGCAUUCUCGGCUUUCUAAACGCCAACACAGACUCGCACUUACGCUCGCCGGCGAAUUAUGGUCUGAUGGACCAGAUCGCGGCGCUACACUGGGUACAAGAGAACAUCGCUUAUUUCGGGGGCGAUCCCAAAAACGUCACGCUGGUAGGACACGGCACCGGCGCUGCCUGCGUUAACUUCCUGAUGACCAGCCACGCGGUUCCCGACGGUCUGCUGUUCCAUCGGAGCGUUCUGAUGUCAGGCAGCGCGCUUUCACCCUGGGCGUUGGUGAGAGGCGCCGCCAAUUACGCCAUGCAGGUCGCCAAACACCUAAAUUGUUCGUCGGUGGCGGAGGAUCCUCAGGCCUUGCUGAAGUGCUUGAGAGACGUGUCCUUGAGCGAAUUGGUGUCGGUGCCCGUUAAAGGGCUGGCGUUCGCGCCAGCCUUCGGCCCCAGUAUAGACGGCGUCGUAAUCGAUCCCGGCGAUCCCGAGGAUCAGGACUACACCCUGCAAGUCGACACGAUCAAUACGCUCAACAACAUUCUUCUGAGGAAGGACGUCGUGGCGAAACUGUCGAGGUACGACCUGAUGGUGGGUGUUGUUCGUUCCGAGGCGUAUUUUUCGCUAACUGCCGACGAUGCUCAGUAUGGGAUCGAGGCCGACAGAAGAACGAAGAUCCUGCGUCAAUUCGUGCGGAACACGUACACGUAUCACCAGCCGGAGAUCCUGGCAACCAUAAUAAAUGAGUAUACAGACUGGGAACGACCUGUGCAACAUCCCGUCAAUAUUAGAGAUGAAACUCUAGAGGCCCUAGGGGAUGCGAAUACAGUCGCUCCGGCGACGAGAACAGCGGAUCUUCACAGCCAAUCCCAUAGGAACUCCUAUCUAUAUGUUUUCGACUAUCAAACGAAAUUCGGAGACUAUCCUCAGAGGCCGGGAUGCAUUCACGGAGAGGAGCUGCCAUAUUUUUUCGGAGCGCCCCUGGUCGGAGGUUUGUCCCAUUGGCCGAAGAACUAUACCAGGGCCGAGAUAGCGCUCUCCGAGAGCGUGAUACUCUAUCUGACAAACUUUGCACGCACGGGGAAUCCAAACGAGGGCACUCCUGAUCCUGGACCCCUCGGUUCCAGACCGGAAAGGACCAAAUUUAAAAAUAUCGACUGGACCGCUUAUGAGGCCGUCCACAAAAAAUAUCUUAGCAUAGAGCUCAAAUCGAAACUGAAGAAUCACUACAGGGCCCAUCGCCUUUCUUUUUGGUUGAACUUGGUGCCCGACCUUCACAAACCCGGCUCGGACGAUGUUCCUAGAUCGCAUCAUCUUCUCGAUGCCGAGCAGGUGCCGCCCAGAUUCAUUCAGAGGGUGCCGACGACCACGAGAACGACCACUUUAGAGGUGACGUCCAUCGAGAAAUCCUCGUCCAACGUGUCAACGGCUAUGCCCAGCGACAUUACGUUCGAGGACACCACGGCGUUACCCGAGGACGGCUUCGCGGCGUAUUCCACCGCCCUGAGCGUGACAAUCGCGAUCGGCUGCAGCCUGUUGAUCCUGAACGUACUCAUUUUCGCCGGGGUGUAUUAUCAGCGCGACAAGAGCAACCACCAGCACCACGGCUGCUCCAAAAAACGCCAGGAGAACGGCCAGAUGCCGAACAACAUUUGCGGUGAGCUGGAAACCAAGACCGCCGAGCGGCAUCACAUCCAGCACAUACCGCCGCCGGAGUUCGCCGACCUUCAGAAUAAUACCUGUCACGUGCCUAUGCCGCCCCCGCCACCGAAGAAUACGAAGCCCGGCAAGCCUGGCCAGAACCUUAUCAUCAGUCCCAACCAGCUCCAGCAGGAAAGCCUGGCCAUGACCGGCACCGGAACCUUGAAAAAGGGACACAAUCACCCUCAGGUCAUGGAGGAGCUGAGGGUCUGACUCUAGGCGACCGCGCGGUCACCGAACUAACAUGGCCGCGAGGAUAUUAUAUAGGAUCCCCGAAGCAACCGAGCGUCAGGGAAUCAUUUCGAAAUGGAGCUCUCCAAUGGUUAAUCUGACCAUGGACAUAAUCAGGACACUGAAGAAGAAACACAAUCAUUGCCAGUUCACAGAGAGGCUGAGAAUCAAGCUCUAGCGAAUACCGAAAUACUUUUAGAUUAGAAUCCUGAAACCGUCGAAUGUCGGGAAAUCGCGUCGAGGUCGAGAUGGCUCUUCAGAAUGUUCUUCGUCAUCGGUUUGACCACACAAGCAGAAUCCUCCUGUAGAAAAAACCGCGAGACGAUUAACAGAGACGAAGUCUGAAAUCAAAACGGAAAACCGAUUCAGGAAAUAAUGUUUUCCAAUUGAUACUCGACGGGAAGUGGGACAAUUCUUCAAAGUUUUUUUCGAAGCGACCGUGAUAUUGUCGAUAGAUAGGAAGUGAUAAAGGAUAAGAGGUGAAUGAAGUGACUUUCAUUGUUACGUGAGGAGUAUGAAUUAGUGCAGGGGCAUAACUGCGGUAUUUCAUGCACGGAAGCCGACUGCUGGCCUUUAUAUAAAAGUCAGAAUCAAAGUCGGGGUCCGGUCGUUUCGGGCCAAGCAGCGUUGCUUCCAAUUCGCUAUGCCUCUGUGUUAGUGGCGACGCCAUACUGUUAUUGUUUUCUACCUUUCGAAUUUGCGACCAACUGCCGAAAAUCAUAUAGUCUUUGAUGGAUAGAGAAAUCUGCGUUAAGUAGGACUCUCCAUCCUCCUCCCCAAGAAAAAAAAAUCAAUCGCAUUCUAUUUCUUUUUUGACACACAUUUUUCAUCUUAUUGUAUUCUCUUACUCAUUUUAUA